UGUACCCAAUCUUCGCAGCCGGAUCAAGUCCUCUCCCUCUUCCAGAGAGAAAACUCCCUAGCGCCCUCGAAGCCGGGGUGCAUGCUGAGGCUCAGCAACCCACGGAGGAGAGGCAGAGAUGGAGAAAAAGAGGGGAGGGGAAGCGAAGAGCUGGCGGCAGAGGGAACAGCAGAUUGCUCCGAGCCAAUGGCAACGGCAGGACAAGGUGGCACCAAAUUCCCUUUGGCCAAUGAGAAAACAGAGUUUACAGGAGCCUCAUUAGCAUUUCCCAAGAGGCAAAGGCUGGAGCCGCGCGGUGUUGGUGUCUGCAGCAUCCCAGCCCCUUGGCUGUGGUCGCAGCUCUUCUCGGCUUUCUGUCCCCUCCCCUCUCCCGCCUUCACCUCCACGAGGGGCUGCCAGCCCUGUGCACUUUGUCCCUUGCUGGCAGUGGAUAAAAGGGGCCUGAGGAAAUACAGGACACGGUCACCCAUCGCCAGCUCUACCCUUUAAAUUCCAGUCCAAGGAGAUCCCCGCACAGGCUAGACACCCUUCCAGCGUGCGAGCCACCGGGAAGGGUUCCGAGCGCAGCUCCACCGAUCGCCCUGCACAAGCGGACUCCGUAACCGAAGUCCGCCCUCGGUCGCAGGGGUGCAAAUUCCGCUCCGCGGUCUCAGCCCAGGGAACGUGAUCCCAGCAGCCGGAGAGCCACGAUGCCGGCCCACAUGCUGCAUGAGAUCUCCGGCUCCUACACCACUACCACCACCAUCACAGCGCCCCCUCCUGGACUUAAUGGAAGACAAAAAUUGGAAAAGACUCUCCCUGACUUGGGAGAAGAGAUCCGCCCUGAAAUGAAAGAUGACAUCCAUGACCCCAGCUACCAGGAUGAGGAGGGCCCCCUGCCCAAGCUUGAGUAUGUCUGGAGAAACAUCAUCCUUAUGGGUCUGCUGCACGUGGGAGCCCUGUAUGGGCUCACACUGGUUCCCACCUGCAAGUUCUACACCUGGAUCUGGGCAUACAUGUACUAUGUAGUCAGCGCCCUGGGCAUCACAGCAGGGGCUCAUCGCCUGUGGAGCCACCGGACUUACAAAGCGCGGCUGCCCCUGCGGCUAUUCCUCAUCAUCGCCAACACCAUGGCAUUCCAGAACGAUGUGUAUGAGUGGGCCAGAGACCACCGUGCCCACCACAAGUUCUCAGAAACACACGCUGAUCCUCACAAUUCCCGUCGUGGCUUUUUCUUUUCUCACGUGGGUUGGCUGCUGGUGCGCAAACACCCAGCUGUCAAAAAGAAAGGUGGUUUGCUGGACAUGUCUGACCUAAAAGCUGAGAAACUGGUGAUGUUCCAGAGGAGGUACUACAAGUCUGCUCUCCUGUUGAUGUGCUUCAUCCUGCCCACGCUGGUGCCCUGGUAUUGUUGGGGUGAAACCUUUCCACACAGUUUGUUUGUUGCCACUUUCCUGCGAUAUGCUGUAGUGCUCAAUGCCACUUGGCUGGUGAACAGUGCUGCCCAUCUAUAUGGAUAUCGCCCUUAUGACAAGAACAUUGAGUCUCGAGAGAACAUCCUGGUUUCAUUGGGAGCUGUAGGCGAGGGAUUCCACAACUACCACCACUCCUUCCCCUAUGACUACUCUGCCAGUGAGUACCGCUGGAGCCUCAACUUCACCACAUUCUUCAUCGACUGCAUGGCUGCCAUUGGUCUGGCUUAUGACCGGAAGAAAGUGUCCAAGGCUGCCAUCUUGGCCAGGAUUAAAAGAACUGGAGAUGGAAGCUACAAGAGUGGCUGAGUCUGGGUUGUCCGGGUUCCUAUUCCAAAAGUCAGCUGGGCAAAGGUUUAAUGUUCUAUUGAUUAACUACUGAAUAACAAUACCCGGAUGCUAAAGAUGAUGACCAUAACCCAUUACGGUACAGUAUUCUUUUAAAACAAGAAAGUUUUGAUAACUUUUUGAGAUAAUACAUAUUUUAAUUAGCUAGAUUUAACCAUUUUACAACAUAUAUACUUCCAGACAUGU